AUGGCUCACCACACAACCCACCCAGAGGGCUCCAAAGUACAUUAUGCCCCACGACCUGAUGUACCACUAACACAGGGGCAAAUGACACCACAGAGCCAAGCCAUACUGCCUAUACCUAUGGACAGUGUGAAAGUGAUGGAAACGUUCCAAAAGUUUAGGCCUCCCUACUUUUGUGGAAUUACGCAGGACCCUUUGGCACCCACCAAAUGGGUAGAGGGAAUGGAAAAGGCAUUUAAGGUAAUGACCCUCACUGAAGAACAGAAACUAAUGUGUGCCGACUACCGACUACAAAAUGAGGCAAAUGCAUGGUGGAAGUCCACCGAACCCAUCCUAGUGGCCCUACAGCCUAACCUCACAUGGGAACACUUUAAAAUGGCGUUCUACAACAACUACUUCCCAGACAGUGUGAGAGAGAGGAAGGAAACAGAGUUCAUGGAGUUGAAACAAGGGUCUAACUCUGUAUUGGAAUAUCAACAAGAUUUUGAGAAGUUGUUCUUCUUCGCACCUGAGAAUUUUAAGGGGGAUCAGGCAAAGGCGAAGAGAUUUGAGAAAGGGUUAAAACCCACUAUAGGGGCUGUGUUAGUGGCUCAGUACCUCCACAGUUAUGCCCAGGUGGUUCAAGCUGCCAAAUCCAUUGAGGAUAAACAAAAAGAGAACUAUCAUGCGAUCCAAGGGAAGAGGAUAGUGGCACCUAGCAGGUUUGGUAAGGGGACAUAUUCUAGUGCAGCCUCAGGUCAGUAUAAAAGACCAGAAACAGGACAAGCACCACCACCACCUAGACCCAUGGUAGCACAGUCUCAGAUCGUCCCCUUAAGGUGUUUUGUCUGUCAGCAAACGGGACACUUUGCAAAGAAUUGCUCACAGAGGAGACCGGGUGACCCCUAUGUAGGACCAACCAGAUCAGUGCAACCAUUAUCCGCCACCCAUCUGGCUCAGGCACCACAGGAAGCUAGACUGCAAGGGAAAGUGUUUGCACUGACUACUGAGGAAGCGGAGGCAUCGCCUGGAGUGGUCACAGAGCAGGGAGGAACAUGCUACCCAUUUGAGAUUUUCCCUUCAGAGAUUGAGAGAGAAGCAGCUGUAUACAAAAUUCAGUAA